AUGACACAAGUUGUCAAUGCAUUUGGAGGCAAGAAGAUGCCGAGAACUAAAGCAGUCAAUAAAAAAACAACAUCAAAAUUAGAUGAAGAAGGUAUUGAUAGACAGUUUCUUCUGGAAGUUAUACGUACACUAAAGCAAGAAUUCGUUGAUUUGAUUGAUGUAAAAUUGAAUUCUAUGUUGGAAGACAACAGAAGAGAAAUUAUUAAGCAAUUUUCUGAAGAAGAACUAAGUACUAAAUUAUGUGACCUGGAUAAUGUGUUAAUUUCAAAAAGUAACACAAGUAUAAAUGUAACACGCAAACAAGACCUUUUAAGUAGUACGAAGUCUGUAAGGAAGGGAAGAAAACGACUGACGCGAAGUUCUUCUGCCACAGAUGAAGGCUACUUAACAACAGAGAGUUCAAAUUCAGUUGAUAGGAUCUCCAAACAUCAGCCUCGAGCCAAAAGUAAGAAAAUUGAGAAGAAUAUUAGAAGUAGCAGUAGGUUAACAAGGUCGUUGUCUAGAAGUCAUACAGAUUCAACCAAUACAGAUUUCCAAACACCAGCAAACAAGAAAACUCCACCAAAUGCCUAUGGAGUUGUUACACCUAAGUGUAAACCAAACACACCGCACGUUUUACUACGUCGUCCAAAACAUAACGAAGUCGCCUUAUCUUUCCAAGGCAGUCCAUUACUCACGGCCGCCGUAGCACCAGACGAAUUUGCCAAUAUCAACAUACCCCUUAAUGACGGAAGUUUACUGAGCUUGCGACCGCAGAAAGGCCUAAGACUGUCACAAAUACCCAAAUUUGAUGAUGAUACUAUGAGGCAAUUGCAGACGUUAAAAGACCACAUUUCAAUGGUGUUGGGCUCGUCUCAACACGGUUCAUAUUAG